GAAGUUGUGAACAUAAAUAUCCUGACUGUUGUGACUUGUACAAUCUAUUACAAAAAAAUGGCUCAAGUUCUAAGUGCACUUGUACUGUUGAUGCUGACGAUUAUCCCAACCGUGACAGCAAACGCAGAUCAAUGCGUGGGCAAAUCGUUCUUUCAACCUUGUGGAGAUGGUGGUAGAUGUGUAUGCCCGAACCUGAAUAAAAUCACCGAACUUAAUCCUAGUAAAAUAAGGGUGUGCUCGGUUGACACAAAAUUCGUCUGCAAAAGGACAGAAUGUUUAAAUGUAAGCGGCAGAUUUGUAGACCCUAAAAAGACGGCAAACGGUGGUUAUCUGCAUUGUAAUGAUGACACAGAAUGGAAACCAUUUCAAGUGCACGUUAAAUUUGUGUUGCCCCGUGUAUCAGGGAAAGUUUUCUCGAAAAUAAUAACUGAAACUUCUCUCAUAUCCAAUAAACUGACCGGAAUGUAACAAAAACUCUAAAUAAAAUACUGU